UGUGACCAGAUGGCGACCGCGUAAAAUCACCACUUUUCCCCGUAGGACAGUUUCAUCGUUUUCAAGAGUAUUUUCGCUCGCUUUUCUUAUAUUUUUGACAAAAACGUAAACAAACCGAACUUUAAGGACUUAUGGAGAAGGUGGAGGCUGUAUACGUGCCCAACGUGGACGCUUACCGGCGGUUGCUGAGCAAGACGGUGUCGCAGCUACUGCUGGACAAGGGCGCCGGCCAGGCGAGCAACCAGUGCCUGGAGACGCUCACCCAGAUGCUGCAGGCACUUAUCGUGGAGAUCGGGAACUCGGCGCACAACUACUGCGAGCUGAGCGGACGCACAAUGCCCACCGUGGGCGAUGUGAGCCUGGCCCUCAUUAAUAUGGGGAUCACGAUCAGCAGCCUGGAUCCGUACAUGCGGAGGGAGGCCCAUACGCCCAUAGCCCUGCCGCCGCAACAGACGCAGCAGCGCCAGCUAAGCCUGCUCCAAGCUGGGAGCAAAUCCUCGCAUCCGCAUUACGUGCCCAGCUACUUCCCGGCGAUGCCGGAUCCGCAUGCAUACAUACGAACGCCCACGCACAAGCAGCCGGUGACGGAGUAUGAGGCGAUCCGCGAGAAGGCCGCCUGCCAGAAGCGGGACAUUGAGAAGGCGCUCACCAAAUUCCUGUGCAAGACCACGGAGACGAACAAUCUCUUUCCCACCGAGGACAACAUGUUUCCCCUGAUUGCCUGUAAGCCCGCUUUUCCGCCCUAUGCUGCCGCUUUGAAUCCCACGGAUCAGGUGUUUGACUUUGAGGAACUGGAGUACCAUUACCUAGUGGCUAAUCGGACAGAAGAUGCACCCAGUAAAGAAGACGGCGAGGAGGGCGAUAGCGACAAUGAGGAGAUGGACGGUGACAAGUCCAAGGAGGAGAAGCCUGAGCUGGAGAUCAAACCCAACUCCACCACAAACAAGGCAAUACUGGAGAAUCCUAAUAUCGACAAUCCCUACUUGCGGGCAGCCACAUUGCCUAAGCGAUCCAAGACUUGUCCUGCUCCUGGAAUCAUGUCCAGCAGGAGUCUGGCCAACGCGGCUCCAACGAUACCCACGCCUUCCACUUUAGAUAUAACCAAAACUAGUGUCUAGAUGUAGUAUGUAACCAUAGUCAAAGUUUUAUAUAAAUGAAGUCCCAAAAUGAA